UUUCAAAUGAUAUAAAAUUCAUGGUAUUGGAUGAGUCAAGAAAAAGUUAUAGUCGAUCAAUGUUGGCUGACGCUCCACGCUUAAGUUACCCCAACCCAGUGUUGCCGGUUUCGUCAAAUUCUUUAGUUAACCGGUCCGAACCUUCAGGGGUUCGGUUCGGUCUGAAACCGAACUCCCUAAACGAAAGACACGGUCCCCAAAGAUAGAAAUCUGCAUUUUCAAUUUAAAAAAUUUUUUAUUUUGCCCCUUACCCAGGAGAAGGAUAAAACAAAGUUCCGAGACUCUACCGUACCCAUACUCAUAAACGCAGGUGAAAUUACUAAUCGUUUGGAUUGAAUAAAUUAAAGAAAAUAUG